AUGGGUGAAGCAGCGGAACUUAUCUGUACAUUGUGCAAACAGUUUUACCAUUUGAACUGGUGUACCGGUACUGGUGGUGGUAUUUCCAUAAGAGAGAGGAAUGGGGAGAGUGAUGUUGCGUAUAUUGCACCUUCAGGAGUCCAAAAAGAGCUGAUGAGACCCGAAGAUUUGUUUGUGAUGGAUUUGAUCAAAGGUGACUACUUGAGCAUCCCCCGGGGAUUAAAGCCCAGUGCUUGCACGCCAUUGUUCUUGGCUUGUUAUAAGAAGAGAAACAGUGGUGCUGUGAUACAUACACACUCGCAAAAUGCGGUGAUGUGCUCACUUCUAUUCGACAAAGAGUUCAAAAUUUCCAACAUUGAACAGAUCAAAGCCAUGCCAAACCACGGUUACUAUGAUACUUUGACCAUCCCCAUCAUAGAAAACAUGGCACAUGAAGAUGAGCUGAUAGACCAGCUGAAUGAUGUGCUGGACAAGUACUCCCAGGAUACCGUGGCUGUUAUAGUGAGGAGACAUGGUAUCUUCGUAUGGGGCCCAUCCAUCGAGAAAUGUAAAAUCUAUAACGAAGCAAUCGACUAUUUGCUUGAGCUCGCUUUGAAAAUGCACCAAUACAAUAUACCAUUACCUUGA